UCUACUUUUGCAAUUUUUAUGUAUAAGGGCAUUACAAAUAUUCUUUUCCUUUUUUAUAUCAAUAUUUUAUUUAGCUUGGUCGCGAUAUGUUCCCGGUUCACUUACGAAACAACAGCUAAGAGAUGGAUUGGAAAGUAAUUCAGAGGAAUUUCGAGUAACAUGCUCAGGAAAUAUGAAACGUAAAAUGUUGGGGGCUCUCCUGAAGUCUGACAUCAAAAAAAUUCGAGUUGUUGAACACAAAAACGACAUCAUCAUAAAGAAGACAACUCAACCACUACUACCAUUUGACGGCGUGUAUGGAGAAGGAUCUCUAAAAACGACCAAGGACGACUCUAAUCCAAAAACUGUUCCAGAUUUGCUCCUCGAAGUAAACCACAACGCAGCGAGAGGACAUACUGAACCUGGCACUUUUCGAUGCAGAGAGGGACAUUGCUUGGUCACUGGACCUAAUAUCUCUGGGACUAACUCGCUUCAAUGGGGACCACAGCCGCAUCAUAACUUGCCCCUUCGCAAAAGAUUUACUUGCGAAUCUAAUAACGUAGUUUAUAUGAUACAUUGUGCGGCCUGCAUAAUUAAUGGAAACUGGAGUACAUAUAUCGGGAAUUCUAAUUUGGCCACUCACAAUAUCCACUUUCGAUUCAGACAACAUAGACAACAGGUAUGCGAUCAAACGCUACGAGAACGGUACCCACCACCAGAACUGGAGGAAACAGUUACGAGACGUCUGAAUGGUGAAGAAGAUGACGAGGACGAUUUGCUACAGGAUCCGUUCGUACAUUUUAGAUAUGUGCACAACCAAAAUGAUAUGAGGUUCACCAUUCUCGAUGGAAAUUUUCCAACCGAUAGAUGCAGGAACAGAUGCGAAUCGUAUUAUAAGCUAGUUUGUGGAAAUUAUGAGUAUGACCCCCAUACUUUGUCCGGUUCUCUUAACAGGAAGAAUUAAUUGUAACUGUUUUUUUAUCGACCCUGGAUUGAUUAUUGUUAUGAUUGUUGGUAGAAAUUGUGUUUUUUUAAUACUUUUUGUAUAAUACAAUUGAUGAAUUUAUGAUUUGUAUUUUUUUACAAACUUUUGAACCAUUCAAUAAACUAUAUUGACUUGAAAA